AUCAAAAAACUUCAAAACUGUCACCAAAAAAAUUCUAGUCUCGCGAUAAUCCGAACUUUUUUUGGUGAUUUUUUAUUUGCACCCCAGAGUUAAAAUAAAUAAUCCAUUAUAAAAAAAUGGUCGUGUUUAGCAGCCUCGUUCGUUCCGCUGGAGCCUUUUCCCAAUAUCGUGGCAUCCUCAACUCUCCCGUAGCUAAAUAUGCUAUCCAAAACCAAUUGAGACAAAUGAGUGGACAUAAAUUCGAAAUCACACCAUCUAGAUUCCAAUGGCACAAAUUCAAGGAUAUGCUUCAUUUUUAUGUUAUGCUCGGUUUGAUUCCAAUGACAGCCGUUAUAUUGUAUGCUAAUAUUUUUGUUGGUCCAGCUACUCUAACUGAAAUCCCAGAAGGUUAUACUCCAAAAUAUUAUGAAACUCAAAAGAAUCCAAUUACACGUUUCAUUGCGCGAUACAUCUUCCCAUCGCCCCAACAAGAAUACGAGAAGAUGUGCCAUCAUCUUUAUGAAGAGAAUGAAAAAGCUCAAAUUAGGGCAUUGGAAAAGGCAGUUCGUGCUAAAAUGUCUGAACGUAACGAUUACAAAGCCUACUACUACCGCCCAGCCAUUGCCAAGUAUCACAGGAUUUCCAAAGAAGCCGCAGAUCAUUUGGAAUCACUUCGGGGCGACAAUUAAACUCUAUAACAUCAUGGCUAUAUAUGUCUAUUCAAAUAGUAUAAUACAGUUAUAGAAAUAAACAUGAAAUUGUUAUAUUCUUCGAAAUAUGACUUAAAAUAUA